AUGGUAGAACCAGGUGGCGCUAGCAGUACCAUUUUUAUAGCGAAAGGAUAUCAAGAAUUAUUAAGAAAUAUGAACGGAGAGGAAUACAGAUUGCCAAAGGGUAUAUCAAAGAAUAAAGAAAUAAAAAUUGAUAUACCUGUAGUGGACAAUACAGAAUCAAGGGCACGAUUAAUAUCUCGCAUUGAAAGUGUAACGUCGACCAUCAUCCAACAAAUAUGUUCUGGUCAAUUACCAAAAAUUUCCUAUUCGGAACCACAAAAUUUUGCAAGAAUGGACACUCAGACAUCAUCGCAAAAUGAGUCGUCAAACGCCGAAUUACGUUCCUCCUCUGAGGAGCAAAGCGACGAAGAAACAGAACCGACUGAGAAAAAAGUGGUAACGAACUUCGCUGCGAGUCGAAGCAAAGAGAAAUUCGCCUUGAUGAUGACGGUGAUGGCAACUGCCCAUCGUUUGUUAAUUACCAACACCACAGCCACGAGAAGGUCCCUUUACUACGGUUUAAAAACGAGGAAGACGUCAAGUUUGUCUUUGGGACAAGGACACGUGGACCGAGCUGUGAACCAUGUUGCUAAUUUGCUAAAUUGCGCCCCGUGGGAACUCAAUAUUUUGCCAACAUCGAAAGGAUUAGCGGCAGGUGAAUUGACCCUCACGCUAAUCGAUAAUCGUAGCAUCGAUUGCUCGGUACCAGGUGGUGCUCUCAUCCCUCAGAUCGUAUCAAACGUAACUUCCGUUCGCACCACUGCGAAGAUGGUGUUGGUCGUCGAAAAGGAUGCCGUCUUUCAAAAGUUGUUGGAAGAUGAUUGCACCGGUUCGUUGAAUUGUAUUCUGUUAACGGGAAAGGGAUAUCCGGACGUGGCCACGAGAAUGCUGGUCAAACUGUUGGCCGAGAAAUUAGGACUUCCGGUUUACGUGGUCGUCGAUGCUGACCCUUUUGGCGUGGACAUCAUGUGUGUUUAUCGGUAACAAGGAGACGAGAUGAUGUACAGAGGGUCAGGAAAACAGCUGAACUUCAG